UCAGUUUGCUCAGCCCCCACAUUGCUCAAUCAGCAGGUUAUUUUAAAUAUAAAAUGACCGCUGUGUGAUGGAAACCUUAUUCUCAGUGAACCUCCAUCCAGAGCAUCAGCUAUAUCAGAACAGUCUGAAAGAUGCGUCUGUUUCUAGCAUUCAGUGUUCUUCUUCUGGGAACAUCUUUGACCAGCUCACAUCCAACCCCAGACGAAGAUUUGAACAAAAGAGUACACGGUUUGGAAGAAACUGUGAACCAUUUGAAAAUAAAAUUGGACGCACUAGACAAUGCUUUCUAUACAGUCCAUAAAGCUCGCAGUUUUGGAACUGGCAGUGAAAGGUUAUACACCACAAAUCUUGGUGAAGGGGACUUCGAAACGCUCAGGGCCACCUGUCUCGCCGCUGGCGGUCAUGUUCCUUCUCCGAAGAAGGAGGCUGAGACCAACGCUUUGCAGAGUGUGUUGAAGAGGCAUGAGAAAUCGGCCUAUGUUACAGGCCACAAUUCUGACGCAUACACAAACUGGGCAUCUGGGGAACCAAGCAACUCUGAUGGAACUAAGAACUGUACAAAAGCUGCCAAAGAUGGAAAGUGGCACUCUACAUCAUGCGAAGAGAAGCUCCUCACUGUUUGUGAAUUUUCCUUUAUCCCCUAAAUUCAGAAUCAGUCUGGUGUUAAUUGGAAAGAGUGGUGGACAAGGAGGACCUGGGUUCAAAGUCUCACCCUCUGGGUGACUCUCAGCCUAACCUACCUUGCUGUGCUGUGAGGAUAACAUUGGGAAGCCCCCAUGUAUACUUCCUUGAGCUUCUUGGAGGAAGGAUGGGAAGUAAAUGAUUGUGAUAAAUAAAUAAAAGGCACUGCUUGAG